AUGGUUCUGAAAACAGAAGCAGUGAAAACGGUUAUAGAUGGCCUGAGAAGGGAAGCAUCCCGCAUUCCAGGUCGCAUAUUUGCCAAAAGUUUAUGUACACCGAUCAAACGCCAGUACACCCGGUUCCGGCUACGUAACUCUGGUGACGCAGAGGCCACUGCACCUGGAUAUGCUGAGGUGGGUAUUGUAUUGAGCGAACGAGCGGAAGCGUCUUUCCUUGAUUGGAUAUCCGUUGACACUCGUCUCUGUCCGGUUCGUUUGGCAAAAUCGUACGAAUUUUCGGAGCAGCAGAAAUCGCUCGACAACGUGGUGCCUACCAACAAACCAGCGCUGAAUCCAAAUAGACCGCAUCGCCGUCAGUUAUCGGUGGCGAGGGUCGAUCACCGCCCGCAGCUCCUUCUGGAACACUACCGUGGACUCCGACCAUGCACUUGUACGCUGCUGCUUUUCAUUGCGCUUUUCGGGUGUACGCAAAACGCGCACACCUCGCUUAGUCAUUGA